AUGGCAUUUUCGCGUGGGCAGUACGUUCGUAUAGAAGACCCUCCUACUCAUUCCCGAUACUACCAGGAGGAUUCGGCGGAGUUCGCGGCUACUCUCCAAGCCGGUAAUGAUGAGUUCUCCCACACAUCAGCCAGUUUGAGGAAUGACAUUAGAUUGGACACAUUUUCAAAGGAAUCGAAUAACUCGUACCUCAAAGAUGGAGUACAUGCUGACUUGGAGCAACGCACUUCCGCCGUGAAGGAACUUGCAAGGUCGUACUCAAGGAGAUCUCACAAAGCAGCUGGGGGGAGCCCUUACGCAUCCCCUUUCAUGAUAGAGGCAGACCCAGCUCUGAAUCCUAGCGCGCCUAAUUUUAACGCUACUAAAUGGGCAAAGUCCAUUGUGGAAUUGACAUCGAGAGAUCGGAUGCUUCGUUCCGCCGGCGUUUGUUUCCAGAAUCUCAACGUUCAUGGAUUCCACGCCGCCACUGAUUUUCAGAAGACUGUGGGCAACGUCUGGCUCUCCCUCGCCAGCACUGUCAGAGAGCACUUCUCACCCAAUCGUCAAGAAGUGGAUAUUUUGCGCCAAUGCGAUGGCUUGGUACGCAAAGGCGAAAUGCUGGUUGUUUUGGGGCCGCCUGGUUCAGGUUGUUCCACGUUUCUAAAGACAAUUGCCGGCGAUACGAAUGGUCUUCAUGUUGACUACGACUCAUAUUUCAAUUACCAAGGCUUGAGAGCAAAAGAGUUACACACCCACCAUCGCGGCGAGGCUAUUUACACCGCUGAAGUUGAUGUGCACUUCCCGAUGAUGACAGUUGGUGACACCCUCACUUUUGCAUCUCGCGCCCGCAAGCCGCGCCAACUCCCGUUGGGAUUUUCUGGUAACGAGUACUCUGACCACCUCCGGGAUGUCAUAAUGGCAAUGUUCGGCAUCUCUCACACCUUCAAUACCCCAGUAGGGGACGAUACUGUGCGGGGCGUCUCAGGUGGAGAGAGAAAGCGCGUUACGAUCGCUGAGGCUGCACUUUCUGGCGCCCCGUUGCAAUGUUGGGACAAUUCAACAAGAGGUCUUGACUCUGCCAAUGCCAUUGAAUUUUGCAAAACUCUCAGGCUCCAGGCUGAUGUAUUUGAUAUCACCUCGUGUGUAUCAAUCUAUCAGGCACCACAGAGUGCUUAUGAUCUUUUUGACAAGGCUAUGGUUCUCUACGAAGGGCGCCAAAUAUUCUUUGGUCGGGCUGACGAAGCCAAGCAGUAUUUUAUUGACCUUGGUUUUGAAUGCCCUCCUCGUCAGACUACUCCAGACUUUCUCACUUCAAUGACCUCUCCUCUCGAGCGCAUUGUUCGUCCCGGCUUUGAAGGAAGGGUUCCUAAUACGCCUGAUGACUUUGCCGCUGCAUGGAAGAAAAGUGCUCGAUAUAACGUCCUGGAGGCGGAAAUUGAGCAAUACAAAAUUGAUCACCCUCUUGACGGCGUUGACGCCCUUGUCUUCCGGGCAUCUAAGGAGGCCCAACAGGCUAGAGGCCAGCGCCGGAAAUCACCAUAUAUUCUCUCAUACCCUCAGCAGAUUCGAUUGUGCCUCUGGCGCGGCUUGAUGCGACUCAAGGGCGAUCCAAGCUUGACGAUUGGUGCCCUUGUAGGGAAUCUCAUCUUGUCCCUUGUUGUGGGUAGUGUAUUUUUCAACCUGAACGAAACCACAUCAAGCUUUGUCCCACGUGGAACGUUGAUUUUCUUCUCCUGUUUGCUAAAUGGACUCUCUAGUCUCCUUGAGAUCUUGACCCUGUUUGCGCAACGGCCAAUCGUCGAGAAACAUGUUCGCUAUGCUUUGUACCACCCUUCAGCAGAAGCAGUUUCGUCCUUCUUUUGCGAUUUGCCAAACAAAAUAAUCGCUUCGCUCGUUUUCAACCUUACGCUUUACUUCAUGACCAACUUAAGAAGAGAACCAGGCCCUUUCUUCUUCUUCCUACUCAUCUCUUUCUCCACAGUCUUGGUCAUGUCUAUGAUAUUUCGAACAAUUGCUUCACUGGCUCGCUCACUCUUCCAAGCUCUCGUCCCCGCCGGAAUCCUGAUGCUCAAUCUCAUCAUCUUCACUGGUUUUGUCAUCCCAACAAACUAUAUGCUGGGCUGGUGCCGGUGGAUAAACUACAUCGAUCCACUGGCCUACGCAUUUGAGUCUCUAGUCGUCAAUGAGUUCCAUAACCGGGAGUUUAAAUGCAACAGCUUUGUUCCCAGUCGCAGUUUCCCCGAGUACGCCAAUGUGGAAAACGACAGCCAGGUGUGCAACUCAGUCGGCGCACGGCCUGGUAAGGACUUUGUUCUAGGAGACGACUACGCCAGCGCUACAUUCGGCUACGAAUGGGGCAACCGAUGGCGAAAUUUUGGGAUCAUGAUCGUUUUUACUGUCUUGCUCUUUGGCUGUUAUCUUGUCGCAGCCGAGUUGAUCUCUGAGAAAAAGUCAAAGGGAGAAGUACUCGUUUAUCCACGCAGCCAAAAGCCUGUGUCGGCAAGAAAUCCGUGGAGAGAUUAUGGCUAUGCAGAUCUUGAAGCUUCUGGGCCGGAUAGAGGGCCUGUCACUUCCGGCAAGAGAGGCCGAAAUAAUUUUUCUCAGGGAAAGGGGCUUCAACAACAGAAGUCCAUCUUUCAAUGGCACAACGUCUGCUACGAUAUCAAGAUCAAGAAAGACACUCGCCGUAUUCUUGAUCACGUCGAUGGUUGGGUUAAGCCCGGUACUUUGACUGCGUUGAUGGGCGUAUCCGGCGCCGGCAAGACCAGUCUAUUGGAUUGCUUAGCUGACCGAAUCUCGGUCGGCGUAAUCACUGGCGAGAUGCUUGUUGAUGGUCGACCUCGAGACAUGUCCUUUCAACGGAAAACAGGAUAUGUGCAACAGCAAGACCUCCAUCUACAGACCUCAACUGUACGAGAGGCAUUAAACUUCAGUGCUGUUCUUCGCCAACCUUCCCAUAUCCCUCGCGAGGAAAAGCUGGCAUAUGUGGAGGAGAUUAUAGAUAUGCUCGAUAUGAGUGAAUAUGCCAACGCUAUUAUCGGUCUACCUGGCGAGGGUCUCAACAUCGAGCAAAGGAAGCGUCUUACGAUUGCCAUUGAGCUUGUAGCUAAGCCGCCGUUGUUGCUUUUUGUUGACGAGCCAACUUCUGGUCUUGAUUCUCAAACUUCUUGGGCUAUCUUGGACCUGCUGCAGAAGCUGACCAAAGUAGGUCAAGCCGUUCUCUGCACCAUCCAUCAACCAUCGUCGAUGCUUUUCCAGCAAUUCGACCGUCUGCUUUUACUUUCACCCGGAGGGAAGACUGUCUACUUCGGUGAUAUUGGACAGAAAGCAGAGACCUUGACCAAAUACUUCGAGAGUAACGGUGCACAUCCCUGUCCGCCCGACGCCAAUCCCGCGGAAUGGAUGCUCGAAGUAAUCGGCGACGCCCCGGGCGCAACGACCGAGAUCGAUUGGUUCAAAGUAUGGAGGAAAAGCCCCCAGUACAAUAUGGUUCAAGCUGAACUCGAGAAAAUUAAAAUGGAGAGUUUGGCGUACUCUUCAGGGGGGCCCAAGGAGGACCCGGGCCGUUUCCAGGAAUUUGCAGCCCCUUUCACGACUCAACUUCAGGAGAAUCUCAGACGUGUAUUUCAACAGUACUGGCGCACGCCGACAUACAUCUACUCCAAAAUGGCUCUCUGCACAAUCAUUUCCCUUUUCAUCGGCUUCAUCUUCUUCCAGGCUCCGACCAGCAUCCAGGGUCUUCAAAGUCAGAUGUUUUCCAUCUUCUGUUUAAUGACUAUCUUUGGGCAAGUUGUGCAACAAUCUAUUCCACAAUUCGUCAUCCAAAGGGGUCUGUAUGAAGCUCGCGAAAGGCCAUCCAAGGUCUACUCGUGGAAAGUCUUCAUGCUCUCCCAGAUUAUCGUUGAGAUUCCCUGGAAUAGCUUGAUGGCCAUACUGAUGUUCUUUUGUUGGUAUUACCCAGUUGGCCUCUAUCGGAAUGCUGAAGAAGCCGGGCAGGUUACUGAGCGCGGAGCACUGGUAUUCCUGUUUCUUUGGAUGUUUAUGGUGUUCGCUGGCACCUACUCUAUCCUUGUUGUGUGCGGCUUCGAUUCUGCCGCAGCCGGCGCAAACCUCGGAGACUUGAUGUUCACGCUUUCCUUGAUCUUUUGCGGUGUCCUGGCAACACCUGAAGCUCUCCCGGGUUUCUGGAUUUUCAUGUACAGGGUUUCGCCUCUGACAUACCUCGUCAGCGGUUUAUUGUCUUCAGGUGUAGCAAACACCAGGGUCAUAUGUGCCGACAAUGAAUUCCUCACUUUCAAACCCAUGUUCAACUCAACUUGUUUCGAGUACAUGAAAUCUCAUAUUGAAAUUGCGGGUGGUUACCUGGUGUCCAAUGACGCAACGUCAGAUUGCCAGUUCUGUCCGAUUUCGGAAAGUAACAAAUACCUUGAGACUGUGAGCACAUACUAUAAAGAUCGGUGGAGGAACUUUGGCAUCCUCUGGGUUUAUUUGCUUUUUAACAUCGGGGCCUCUCUCUUAAUUUACUGGCUGGCCCGUGUGCCCAAAAGAAGUUCAGGAAAGCAAAAAAAAGCCUGA